AUGGCUACCAAUAGCAGCGCUCCAAUGCAGGACACAACAGCGCUCACGGCGCCAAUCGAUUUUGGAAGACAACGAACAGAUUGUACCAUCGAGAACAUGGAUGCGCUGAAGGAAGAUUUGGCCAAGAACGAUGAUAACUAUGCCAACCUGUCCAAAGAGGAACGCCUGAUGAAACAAGAAGAAUUGUCAUUUUACUCCAGUUCCACAAAUGACCAAGGGGAUGACAAUAUAUGGGGUUUGCUGAGUGGUGUUGGUGGUAAUAUCUAUGAAUGGUAUGAUUUUGCCGUCUACGGACUCUUGUCGGUGGAAAUCGGAGCGGCAUUCUUUCCACAAAGUUCUGAAAAACUGCAACUGAUAAAUUCAUUCGGUGUCUACCUGGCGGCCUUUCUUAUGAGACCAAUCGGCGCCGUUCUAUUUGGGGAAAUUGGUGAUCGAUUGGUAGGACGGAAGAAUGCCCUCAUCUUUUCCAUCCUAUUAAUCACAAUACCCUCGGUUCUGAUGGGAAUGUUGCCUGGUUAUGCAUCAUGGGGUGUGUUCUCGCCAAUAAUACUGGUUGUGCUACGAAUGUUCCAGGGUCUAUCGGUUGGUGGCCAACUAGCUGGAAGCUAUGUCAUCAGUAUUGAGCAAAGUUCUGCGAGAUCCCGAGGAUUCCGUGGAAGCAUUUGUGAUGCAAGUUCCGUCGGUGGGUUUCUUCUGGCAUCUGCUGUUACCUCGUUGGUCCGACGUUUUCUUACCAAAGAGGAGGUUGAUGAUUGGGGAUGGAGACUGCCGUUUUUGUUCUCGCUACUUCUGGCACCAAUCUUAUACAACAUUGUCAGUAACGCCGAAGAAUCUAAAAACUGGCAAGAAGAACAAGAGGACCAGCAGAUUCAGGAUUUUGUGGAUGACGAGCAAGGGAAGAGCCCAGCAGUCGUCGAUCUCCUGUCAUCACCAUUCCGCCGUCGUCAGCUAGCAGGCAUGAUUGGCACAUUGUCGACAUGCACAGGCGCUUUCUACGUUCUAUUCCUGUGGACACCAGUUUACCUAUCCGAAUUGAGAGGGAUCAUGUCACAGGCUGACGCAGAUGCCAUGAAUUUCAUUGCAGUUGCAUUCUACAUUGUCUGUUUGGUUUACAUGGGCCGUCAAUCCGAUGGCUUUACACACCGAAAGGACUUGAUCCGAAUUGGAUUACCCGGUUUGAUUGUCGCUGCUCCAACCAUGUUUGGGAUGUUUGAAAGUGACACAUGGAUCGGAGCCCUUGUUGCGCAACUCCAGCUUGCAGCAUGUUUGGCAAUCGUUCAAGGAGGUAUGGCCGCUUGGGAAGUCGAACUCUGGAUGAAUGACCCCACACUUUCCUUUACUGGAGUUGCGGUUGGGCACAACCUUUCGUCCACCAUCUUUGGUGGUACCAUGCCUCUGAUGGCCACAUAUCUCUAUUACGAAUCAGAAGCGAUGCUGAAAGAUGUUGAUGUCAAUGACAUUUUCUACAAAUCACUCUUUCCACGCUUGCUCCCUGGACUUUACAUUUCCAUUUUGGCAUCCAUGUCCUUAUUUUGUGUCAGCUUUGUGGUCAAGCAUCCGCACGACCUGCGGAUUUCAAGUCCCCAACUGCGGGCUGCUGUGGAGAAGGAAAAUCGCAAGAAUAUUGCCGCCAAGAAACGAAGACGAAAAGAAAUGGAGCGAAGGUUAAAGCAAGAAGAACCGUAUGCCCCACCAACAAUCGUCUAA